UUCAAAGUAGAAUUUAAAAGGGUGGGUAGUGAUGCCAACUGUAACGUGGCUGUCGAUUAAUAACUUAUAAUUAUAAUGAAGAAAUUAUUUUCUAUUUUCAAAGACAUUAAUACCUACUGCUGUGUGGGCAUUUUUGUCCUUCUCGAUCAAAGGAAAACUGUACACCGACCUUCGUUUAGCGAUAAUGGCUUAAAAUAUUUUAGUCUACUUGUUACGGUAAGCUUCCACCUCCUGAACCCAAUUUUCCUUUUAAUAAAGCCAACUCGCAGUCUCCCACUCGAACCAAAACCAAUCUAAAAACUUUCACUGUCGAGAUUGAGAUUGAGAUUGAGAUCGAGAUCGAGAGAGAGACUUCGACCGACAAUCGGUUUCGAAGCUGAACAAUUCAGAGAGUUCGGAGUCAUUAAUUAGCUGCAAUGCACGCCAAGACAGACUCAGAGGUGACCAGCCUCGCAGCUUCUUCUCCGACGAGAUCUCCGCGUCGCCAUGUCUACUACGUGCAAAGCCCAUCAAGGGACUCCCACGAUGGGGAGAAGACAACAACGUCGUUUCAGUCCACGCCGGUGCUUAGUCCGAUGGGAUCGCCGCCGCACUCACACUCCUCCGUGGGCCGCCAUUCCCGAGAAUCCUCCUCUACUAGAUUCUCCGGAUCUCUGAAACCCGGAUCGCGCAAGAUCUCGCCCAACGACGCCGCUCGUGGGGGCAGCACCAAAGGUCAAAAGCCAUGGAAGGAGUGUGCCGUGAUUGAGGAAGAAGGGCUUUUAGAGGCGGAAGAUCGCCAGAAGGGUCUUCCUCGUCGGUGUUAUGUUCUCGCUUUCGUCCUUGGCUUCUUUGUUCUCUUCUCCUUCUUCUCUCUGAUUUUGUGGGGUGCGAGUAAGCCCAUGAAACCGAAGAUCACAGUCAAGAGCAUUAAGUUUGACCAAUUCAAGAUCCAGGCGGGCUCUGACUUUACGGGCGUGGCUACUGAUAUGAUCUCAAUGAACGCAAGCUUAAAGCUCACUUUCCGUAAUACCGGUACAUUUUUUGGAGUUCAUGUCACAUCAACACCAUUAGAUCUUUCUUAUUCCGAGAUCACAGUAGCAUCUGGAACUAUAAAAAAGUUUUAUCAAUCGAGGAAAAGCCAAAGAUCUCUGAGUAUUCCUAUAAUGGGUACCAAAAUACCAUUGUAUGGUAGUGGAGCUAGUCUGAGCAGCUCAACUGGGACGACUACUCUACCAGUGAAAUUAAAAUUGGAUUUCGUAGUUCGAUCCAGAGCUUACGUUUUGGGAAAAUUGGUUAAGCCCAGGUUCAACAAGCAUAUUCAGUGCAAUGUAACUUAUGAUCCCAAAAAGCUCAAUGUUGCAAUCCAACUCAAGAAUCAUUGCACAUAUGACUGAAGGUCAAGUUAAAACUGAAGCACGACUAUGGAAGAUGUUUUGGACUUCUGAUUUUAUUUUAUUUUAUUUUUUCUUUGGUUAUAAUGAUGUAUUAUUGGUGAAUAUAAUCGGUGGAAGACAGCUCAGCGGGCAACUUUAGGAUCGUUCGGGCAGGGAAUCAAAAUGCGGUUUUAGAUUUUUUUUUUCUGCCCGAAAGUGCCCGAAUUACAGGUUGGACUUGGCGGUGGUGACUUGUGGGUGAUAUACUCUCCUGUGAUGUUUAAUUGCUUUUACUUUUAUUUAUUUAUUUUUAUAUGUAAAAGUUAAGACAUGUAAUGUUUGUUCUCAAUAAUGAUAUACAAUUCAUUUAGUAAA